AUGAGAGUGGAGGCAAAGCCACAUCCUGGAGUUGAAAGAAUCUUUGAUGACAUAGAUAGCUAUCAGCGGAACUUCCCAAGGCAGCUCAGCUGCAAAUACAGUAAUUAUCUUUCGUUGGAAACACGUCAAAGUCUUGAUACUUGUGAGAACUACAGUGAGAGGUUCUUUAAGGGCUAUAUUCAAGAGUUCAAGUUCUACGUCCCAGCUUGCUUCCCAGCUUGGGAGGAAUCUAGGAAACAGAACAAAGAUGUCGAGAAUGGAACCUGUCCAAUCGUUCUGAAGGUCCAUUGUGAGUUAGAGCCACACGUCAAUCUGGUACAGAUACUCACACAAUACUUCACCCUCUGCCGGGCAGUAUACAAAAAGAAAUCUUGGGAGGAUUAUCAACGUGACAGUGCAAAGAUCUUCAAACUAAUGUUCUUGCCAUUUACGGCUUAUCAUUUGAGCCUUUUUAGCCGUAUUAGUCUUAGCCGUAUUAGUAUUGUGUUGCUUGCGAUUUCUAGUUUAGAUGUUGCAUCUAGAAUAGUCAGCUCUGUUACUCCACGUAUCAUGAAGUUGGUGCUCUUGCUACUGGGAACCGGCAGAGAGCCAUUUCAAUGGCUUGUAUGA